AUGACUAAAUUACCAAACCAAUACAUUUGGGAUAAUCACUCUAAAAAUAACUUUAGAGAAUCAUUAAGAUCGCAAGAAAUGCAAAAUAAAUUGAAUGAAUUUAUGAACUCAGAAUUCACAAAUGAUUUGAGUGGAGCAAACCAAUGUGUAACUGAAUUCCAAAACAUCUUACUUGAAACAUCGAAAAAAAGUUUGAAAAUUAAAAAGUGCAAACGAAGAAGAAAAAUCACUAACGUUGCUCAAAAGAUAUGGUUUGAUAAAGACUGUAGAAUCAAACGACAUGAUUUAAGGAAAUUAUCUAAUUUAAAGCAUAGAGAUCCUACAAAUGUUGAACUUAGAAAAAACUACCAUGAUGCCUUGAAAUCGUAUAAGGUAACCCUACAGCUGAAACAAAGUGAAUUUCACAACAAAAAGAUGAAUGAACUACAAACAGCUAGUCAAAAUGAUUUUAACCUUUUCUGGAAAACACUAAAGAACUUGACAGACGACCUUAAUACUGAAACUAAUUCUGAAAACUCACCAAAAAAUCAUGAAUGGUACUCACAUUUUGAACAACUACAUUGUGAUCACCAUCUUGGUGAAGAACAAGAAAAAAUUAUCGGAAAAUUGAAACAAAAGGAAAAUUCGAAAAAUCUCCUCAAUGAGCUUGAUACGGAAAUAACAAUUGAAGAAAUAAUAAAAACAGCUAAGAAAAUAAAAUCUAAAAAAGCUGCACACUCAGGAUAA